UGGCAGCGCCCAGUGUUGCAGGGUGUCUGUGAGGUGGGGGUUUAAGAUCCUUGCCCUUGAGAGCAAGCGAGUCUGCCGCGCUCCUGACUUUGAAACACCCUGAGUCUGGGUUUCCCGGGCGAGCGGUGGGAACCUCCGUACUGUUUUCUACAGUGGCUGCACCAUUUUACAUUCUGACCAGCAGUGCACAGGAGUUCUAAUUUCUUGACAUAGAAGUCAAAAGGGAGAGGAAUCACUGACAUACUCUGUGGCAGAGCACCUGCAGCAAACCUAUUUCCGGCUUAUUUAGCACAGAAUCCGUGAGAGGGAAUUGCUCCAAUGGUUUGUUCAGCUCUCAGGAGGGUUGCCCUUGCACGUGUCUACCUGGUGAGGAAGGCCAGUCAUGUCACCAGAGGCCAUCAGCAUCAGGCCUGUGGCUCGAGGCCGGCUGCAUCCAAGUGUGCUGUCCAAGGAACUACAGGUGGUGCCGUGGAGCUACUGGGCAAAUUCUAUCCUCAGGAUGACCACACCAACCUCACCCGGAAGGUCCUCUCCAGGGUGGGCAGGAAUCUGCACAACCAGCAGCACCACCCUCUGUGGCUGAUCAAAGAGAGGGUGAAGGAGCAUUUCUACAAGCAGUACGUGGGCCGCUUUGGGACCCCGCUGUUCUCUGUCUACGAUGACCUUUCUCCAGUGGUCACCACAUGGCAGAACUUUGACAGCCUGCUCAUCCCAGCUGACCACCCCAGCAGGAAGAAGGGGGACAACUAUUACUUGAACCGGACUCACAUGCUGAGAGCACACACGUCAGCCCACCAGUGGGACUUGCUGCACGCAGGCCUGGAUGCUUUCCUGGUGGUGGGCGAUGUCUACCGGCGCGAUCAGAUCGACUCCCAGCACUACCCAGUUUUCCAUCAGCUAGAGGCCGUCCGGCUCUUCUCCAAGCAUGAGUUGUUUGCUGGUGUAAAGGAUGGAGAAAGCCUACAGCUCUUUGAACAAAGUUCUCGCUCUGCCCAUAAACAAGAGACACACACCAUGGAAGCCAUGAAGCUCAUAGAGUUUGACCUUAAGCAAACGCUUACCAGGCUUGUGACACAUCUUUUUGGAGAUGGGCUGGAGAUAAGAUGGGUAGACUGCUACUUUCCUUUCACCCAUCCUUCCUUCGAAAUGGAGAUCAACUUCCAUGGAAAAUGGCUAGAAGUUCUUGGAUGUGGGGUGAUGGAACAACAACUGGUCAAUUCAGCUGGUGCUCAAGAUCGAAUUGGUUGGGCUUUUGGCCUAGGAUUAGAGAGACUGGCUAUGAUCCUCUACAGCAUCCCAGACAUCCGCCUCUUCUGGAGUGAGGAUGAGCGCUUCCUGAAGCAGUUCCGUGUGUCGGAUAUUAAUCAGGAGGUGACGUUUCAGCCUCUUAGCAAAUAUCCUGCUGUGAUAAACGACAUUUCAUUCUGGUUGCCCUCUGAGAAUUAUGCAGAGAAUGAUUUCUAUGACUUAGUCCGAACAAUUGGAGGAGACCUGGUGGAAAAGGUUGAUCUCAUCGACAAGUUUGAACAUCCAAAGACGCACAAGACCAGCCACUGCUACCGCAUCACCUACCGCCACAUGGAGCGGACGCUGUCCCAGGGAGAGGUCAGGCACGUCCACCGGGCCUUGCAGGAGGCUGUGGUGCAGCUGCUGGGUGUGGAGGGCAGGUUUUGAUGUCGCCGCUGCACUCAGGCUGUGGCCCUCUCCAGGCUCCAGGAUCUGCCGAAAGAGAAAAAGCUAUUGUUUGUGAACGGGCCCAUCAGUCAUCUUUUGAUAAAUGGAUCAGUUUUAGGACUUUCAGAAAAUAAAAGUUCAUUCUUGAGAAA